UACAGUUAUGUCGAUACGUUGACAUACAACACGAGAAAUGACAAAUUUUAUAAAGUAAACUCCCCAACGCACCUUCAUUGUAAAUAAUUGUGACAAAUGGUAUAAUGAUUUACGACCAGUUGAAAGCAAGCAAUCCACAUUCUUAAUUUGCAUCUUUUGUUUGUUAAUACAUUGCUCGAGAUUCAACAAAUUGUUAACUGUGCACACACAGGAUUAUAUAAUUUACCAGAAAAAAUAAAGAUCGAGAUACUAGAAGCUGCCAAGGAAAAACAUGGUGGACUUUAAGCACACAAAAGUUAUCAAAGGACAAUAUGUCUCGUCGUAUACGCUUUCGUAUGUUGAAAACGGGCAGUUAAACAGCAACAGAUAAAAACUAUAUUUGUCAAAACGUGUUCCAAUUUUUACAACAGUUUGUGUUUUGCAACCAAUAGUGCCAUAUGUUGCUCGUGCAAUGAGGUGUACAGGGAAUAGAGACACCUUAACUCAACAGACUGAGGAUGAAGAAAACGUCACGUGUGUUCCUAUACUUCUCGUGCUGGAUUUUCAUCGCACUUAUUUGUAUAGUCCUUAAUAUCAUAAAUAUUGACUGGACUUUGACAGAUACGAUCAAUGGAAUAUUUAUUGUAGUGGUACUGGGUGUGCUGCAAGGUUCGGUUUUAGAAUUUCCAGUUCAAACGAUAGCCACCUUAAUAAUUGGUGGUGAAAGGCGGGAAAAUAAGCGCGCGCUCUGUGACCGACUGACGGUUAUUUUGAAUUACAACCUCCUAGCAACGAGCAAGGACGAUAUUCUAGAAUGUAUAGAAACUAUGUACAUGGCCUAUGUAGGGAACUUGAGUCCAAAUGUAUCAGCUGUGUUGGUAAGUGCAACAACAGACGAUGAGCUGCGAGAAUACGAGCUACAAAUCCGUGACACUUAUCGUGCUAUACUGUAUGACGACCUUUAUCGUGAAGGUCUUGCAUUUGCUAAAGGCGAGUACGACCUUGUUGAUCCGAUUCACCUUCACAAUGUGUGGGCAAUGUAUGUUGAUAUCGAGAAAGACAUUUUCAUUACAGAGUAUUUAGAAGAUAUAUGUGACAGAUAUGCUCGUGAAUUUAUGGUUGUACACCGGGUAAGUCGCGUAUUAAGAAAAUGUGGCCAGUACCAAGAUCUAAUGCUCCUUUCGGAAGGCGAGUUCGAAGCCUUUUCUUAUUGUGAUUGUAACUGUUAUGGAAAAUGUGCACGUGAAGUUGGCGAACCACUGUUCCAUUCGAGUGAAGAUGUUUCGAAUAUAUUAGAAAGAAAAUUUGAUUAUACUUUAGUUUUAGAUGCGGACACGGGAGUACCAAGAGGUGGUGUUUUUGAUCUCCUACAAAUAGCGGCAGCUCAUCCAGAAAGAGGUAUUAUCCAACCUUCAAUAAAGCUUCAUUGCUCAAAGGACGAUACUAUGUUUAUGCAUCUAGAGUCUAUGCGACAAGCUAUAUAUGAGCCGAUGACCAAUGCCAUAACAGCUUUAUUCAACCAGUCUUCAUACUUCGGUAAAGCAUUGAUAAAGAACAAACUGUACAUUGAUUACGUCAUAGGAAGUAAAGAUGAUUUGAUAGAAAGAGUCCCUGUUGAUGUGCUUAGUCAUGAUACUUUCGAGGCUGCAUUGUUGAAGCCUUUGUACGCAGGUAGUACUUAUUUACUUGAGGCUCCGAGUCACAAUUACGUAACAUGGAACAUUCGAGAAAGAAGAUGGAACAGAGGGGAAAUCCUUUUAGCCAUGUACUUCUGGAAGAAUGGAUUUGGUAAACCAAUGAGGUGGAUUCAGAAAAGAUUGCAAAGAUCAAAGUUUAACAAAACCAAAGUAAAAACAGAGUCAAAGCUAGAUUUUAUCACCUCGUAUAUUGCUCAUUCUGCCUUACGACAGAUGUUGAUGAAACCUGCUCUAUUGUUAUAUAUCUGUUUGCAUAUAAGUGUUCAUCUUAGGUACAGAUAUGCUUCUAUCAUAAUAGUCAUGUUUAGUGUGCUAGUGUUCCCAAAGUUUGCAACGUGUAACCGUGAGAACUACAAAUAUGUGAUAUUAGAAACAGUGGCAUCCAUUUUACAAUUUACUCCCGAAGCGCUAGUUGGGUGUGUUCGUAUUUGGCGAGCUUUGUAUGCAAAUAUCUCACUGAAUGCUAAGUGGAUUCCACAGAGAGCUGUAGAAGAGGAAUUUAAGAUUUCAAACCCUUUCGUAUCUAGUUUUAAACAUUUAUGGGGAUAUUCCCUCUUUGCUUUAGUUUCGGGUAUUCUAGUGGUGCUGUUUUUGGAACGAGCAAUGCUGGUUCUAGUCAUGCUGAUAACAUUGUUAUUACUUCCAUUGUAUACAGGGUUUACAUCUUUGACACCAGGGUUUAAAUGCUGUAAGCCAAAACAAUCUAAGCUAAGCAAGCUUUACGGUGAAAAGAUUGCUCGAAACAGUUGGGAAACAGACGAUAACGGGUUAGCAACAAUUUCCUCGGGGGAUACUUACAGAAGUCUUGGAAAACUUGACGAAGGAUUUAAAUUUGAUAAUGGCUGCAAAGAAUCUAUUCUUUCCACUUCUGCUGGGUCCACGAGCACAUCGUUUGAGGAUACAAAUAUAUUUGGAAGAAAGAAAGUUCUUACCGGAACCACAAAAUCCUGGUCGGCGGAAGUGGAAAGAUUGAUAGAGGGAGAGGGAAAUGGUUAUAUAUGGCCUAGGAAAUCUAGGAGCAAACAAAACAGAAGACUUAGUAGUAGAACUUACACUACAUACGAUUAUAGUGAUCUUCGAGAAGAUAAAUACGUGACGAUUAUUAAUGUGACGUCACCAGAUCCUUCAAAUCGAAAAGAAAGUAUCAGGGAAUCUCAAACGCCAACGAACUACUCUUCUAGCUCUAGCAGCGACAACAAUCCAAAUGUAAGCUCAGGAAAAAAUGUGCAUGAUAAGUCCGACUAUGAAAAGUUGGAAGCAGGAAAAAGUAAAGACUACGAAACAUUACGCAAUUUAGAUGAAAACAAACUAGAUCAUAUUUGGUACAAGAACAAUAUCACAUAUGUAGCUGUUGGUGACUUUGACUUCAGGAAAGCUAGAAAAAAUGACACAGACAAUGAAGUAAAGAUACGGCGGACUUUAAACGGAAAGACGUAUUCUUGUGACGAUGAAACAGAAUCUGAAAGUAGUGGAAGUUCAGUGGAAAAAUUGUACCAAAAUAUAGGUUUACUGAAACAGUUUACAAGCAAUAAAUAGUCUGUUUUAAUUGUUAAUAUUUAUGAUAUUAGAAUGAAUCGAAAUAUAGCUAUACUGAAAUAGUUUACAAGUAAUGAAAAGUUUGUUUAAAUGAUAAAUAUUUAUGAUUUUAUGAUGUAACGAAAUAUAGGUUAACUGAAACAGUUUACAAGUAAUGAAUAGUUUGUUUGAAUUAUUGAUAUUUACGGUUUUAGAAACUGAGAGCUGUCUUCGAGUGUUUUCAAAGCUGACGUUGGUUGUUUCAUUUACAAUUUAUCGAAACCACAAUACUUGUACUAUAACACAUUUUUAUGUAUUUAAAUAGUCUUUAACUUAUUUAGACAUAAAUUUAUUUUUUGAUUUA